AUGCUGUCCACACGCCUUAUCACACGCGCCAUCCGGCCGUCGUCCUCCCUCGCCCAGCGCCCAGCCCUCGCACCUCUCCGCACCUACGCCUCCUCACCCACACCUAAUUCGUUUCCGCAGCUCCCACCCGGAUUCGAAAAGCUCGCCCACUCGCCCUCGGCGCUCUCGGCCAUCUCAAACCUGGUCGAGGUUAUGAAGCAGAAUGGCGUCGACCUGCAUACCGGCGAGAAGCCGUCUAUGUGGCAGAUGGUCAAGUUGGCGCGUAACCAAGACGUGCGAGACGCGACUACCAAAGUCAUGGAGGAGCUCAAAAACGCAGGAGUGGAUGUAUCGCCCGAACGCCUGCAGGCCAUCAUGAACAGUCAGAAGGACCUGUUUGGUCAGGGUGGUGGCAAGAAGGAGUGA